AUGGAUCAACAACAGCACAACCAGCAGCCAGUGGCUUCUGAGAAGUACGCCCAGGGCUAUCCCAGCAACGGCGCCCCUCAAUAUCCACCCAGCGCUGUUGUUCAAGACCAUCAGCAGCAGCCCUCUUACCAGCCUCACCAGCCUCAUCAGCACACGCACUCCGCUGGAAGCCAUGGAUCGUGGACGUUUGGACUGUUUGACUGCUUCUCUCCAUUUGGAACCUGCUGCUUGUCAUGCUGGUGCCCUUGCAUCCUCUACGGCAGGACUUACGCUCGUGAUCAUGGUGAUCCAGACGCAAGCGGCAUGAAUGCAUCUUGCUGUGCGUGGUAUAUGUUGUCUUGCUUCGGGGCUCAAUGCAUUCUCCAGUGCCUCAACCGCACCUCCAUGAGGGAGAGGCAUGGCAUCGAAGGUGGCAGCUGUGGUGAUUUCUGCACUUCCUGCUGCUGCACAUGCUGUGCAUUGAUCCAGGAGGACAAGGAGUCCAUCGUCAGAAAUACUGGUAUCAAUCCAAAGACGGAUCUGCCGUACAACCCUCCAACGCAGAUGACUUACCCAUAA